CUCCCCCCAUCUGCACAGUUGCAUAACUUCAGCUUCAGCUGCAGGAUUUCAACCAAACUGUUUGUUCCUCCAGCAGCUGCUGCAAACCUCCGGGCUCUUUUACUCUGUAGAAAUGGCUACAGCUGGUAAGGUCAUCAGGUGCAAGGCAGCGGUGGCCUGGGAGCCCAAUAAGCCCCUGGUCAUCGAGGAGAUUGAGGUCGCGCCUCCUCAGGCCAACGAGGUUCGCAUCCAGAUUGUGGCCACAGGUGUCUGCCACACAGACCUGUACCACCUGUUUGAGGGAAUGCACAAAGAUGGCUUCCCCGCGGUUCUCGGACAUGAGGGAGCUGGCAUAGUGGAGAGCGUUGGGCCCGGUGUCACCGAAUUUCAGCCAGGGGACAAGGUUAUCCCUCUGUUCGUCUCCCAGUGUCGAGAGUGUCGCUUUUGUAAAAGCCCAAAGACCAACCAGUGUGUCAAAGGAUGGGCCGCUGAGCACUAUGAUGUGAUGGCUUUAGAAGAAACCAGACUGAGCUGUAAGGGGAAGAAGCUGCUGCAGUUUUUGGGGACCAGCACCUUCUCUGAGUACACGGUUCUUAACCAGAUAGCAGUGGCUAAGAUCGACCCGGCCGCCCCUCUGGAUAAAGUCUGCCUCCUUGGCUGUGGGGUCUGCACUGGGUUCGGCGCAGCAGUCAACACUGCUAAGGUGGAAGCGGGCUCCACCUGCGCCGUGUUCGGUCUGGGAGCUGUGGGCCUGGCUGCAGUCAUGGGCUGUAAGUUUGCAGGAGCCAAAAGGAUCAUCGCCGUUGACAUCAACCCAGAGAAGUUUGAGAAAGCCAAAGUGUUUGGUGCCACUGAGUUUGUGAACCCCAAAGAUCACAGCAGACCCAUCAACCAGGUGCUGGCUGAGAUGACCGAUGGAGGAGUGGACUACUCCCUGGAGUGUGUUGGAAAUGUUGCAGUCAUGCGCAGUGCCCUGGAGUCCUGUGUGAAAGGUUGGGGUGUCAGCGUGCUUGUCGGCUGGACAGAUCUGCAUGAUUUUGCCGCCCGACCCAUUCAGCUCAUCUCGGGCCGUACAUGGAAGGGCACCCUGUUUGGAGGGUUCAAGAGUAAGGACGGUGUUCCUGAGAUGGUGAAAUUCUACCUGGACAGGAAGGUGAAGCUGGACGAGUUCAUCACUCACAGCAUGACUCUGGAGAAGGUCAACGAAGCCGUGGAGCUGAUGAAGAACGGCCAGUGCAUCCGGACGGUCCUGAGAGUUUCUCCUUGAGUCAACAAAGCUCCUUUCAAAAUGUCGGCGUUUGUUCGCAGUCUGCAGCCAACGGUUCGUCUGUCCUGCCUGAUGAUUACAUCUGGGGUCAUGAAACAUUUGGAGCAAAUAAAAUCAUUUAACCUGAA